GCUAACAGGAAGUGGUGUUUGCCAUGUUCUAGGUGGCGGAAGAGGGUUAAUGUCGGUAUCGUGUGUACGGAAUGACGUAUCGGGGGCGCUGUGUAAUGGAUGUCAUCUGAGGUGGGAGACGUCGUGAAGCGGAGAACAAUACAAACCGCACCGGAGAUCGCACCGGUUCCAUUUAUUGUACAGUCACGUGACCGUCCUCUGUGAGCAGCCAUCAUGGCGGACCUGGAAGAGCUGAGGAAACUUGAAUACUUGUCCUUGGUUUCCAAGGUUUGCACAGAGCUGGAUAACCAUCUGGGGAUCAAUGACAAAGACCUAGCUGAAUUUGUCAUCGAUCUCGCUGAAAAAUCCUUCACAUUCGACUCGUUCAAAUCUUCUCUAGAGAAAAAUGGCGCAGAAUUCACGGAUUCCCUCAUAAGUAAUCUACUGCGUUUGAUCCAGACCAUGAGGCCCCCGGCAAAGCAAUCGAUGAGUCAAGAUGCCAACAUGAAGCCCAAAUCUGAAAAGGAGAAGUUGAAGGACUUAUUUCCAGCACUUUGCAGACCAGACAACCCCACUGUUCGGACCAUGCUGGAUCCAGAAGAUGUCAAGGUGGCAGCCGAUGUCUUGGAACAACUUGAUGCAUUAAAGCCAAGUAUGGAGGGCAAGGAGAAAGAGAGGAGCAGUAAACACAAGGAUAAGAAGAGACGAAGCCGCAGUAGAAGCAGAGAGAGGAGUAGAAAGCACAAGCACAGAUCCCGCUCGAGAUCCAGAGAGAGAACUAAAAAGUCAGGAAGACCCCGGUCCAGGAGCCGCAGCCCGAUCAAAAGUAGACACCGGAGCCCCAUUAAGGAGGAACACUCGAGCAGAAGCCAGCGAUCUGAGAAGAGUGACGAGCGAUGGAGGGAGAAGCACGUAGACAGACCCCCUCCAGAAGAGCCAGCCAUAGGGGAUAUAUACAAUGGCAAGGUCACCAGCAUCAUGCAGUUUGGUUGUUUUGUUCAGCUGGAGGGCCUAAGGAAACGCUGGGAGGGCUUGGUGCACAUAUCAGAGCUACGAAGAGAGGGACGCGUGGCAAAUGUCGCUGAUGUGGUCAGCAAAGGUCAAAGAGUAAAGAUCAAGGUGCUUUCCUUUACUGGAUGCAAAACCAGCCUGAGUAUGAAGGACGUAGAUCAGGACUCAGGAAAAGAUCUGAAUCCUAACAGGAGGAGGAAUCUGGUUGGUGAGAACAAUGAGGAGGCUUCUAUGAGGAACCCUGACAGACCCAGCCACCUCUCUUUGGUCAACGCCCCGGAGGUUGAAGAUGACACCUUGGAAAGAAAACGUCUUACGAAGAUUUCGGACCCAGAAAAGUGGGAGAUUAAGCAGAUGAUCGCAGCCAAUGUCCUUUCCAAAGAGGAAUUCCCUGAUUUCGAUGAAGAGACUGGUAUCCUGCCUAAGGUUGAUGAUGAAGAAGAUGAAGAUCUGGAAAUUGAACUUGUGGAAGAGGAGCCUCCGUUCCUCAGAGGACACACAAAGCAGAGCAUGGACAUGAGCCCGAUUAAGAUAGUGAAGAAUCCUGAUGGGUCCCUCUCACAAGCUGCCAUGAUGCAGAGUGCUUUGGCGAAGGAGAGGAGAGAAUUGAAGCAAGCGCAACGGGAAGCCGAAAUGGACUCUAUCCCUAUGGGCCUGAACAAGCACUGGGUGGAUCCUUUGCCUGAUGCUGAUGGGCGCCAAAUCGCUGCUAACAUGAGGGGCAUUGGGAUGAUGCCCAAUGAUAUUCCGGAAUGGAAGAAGCAUGCUUUUGGAGGUAACAAGGCCUCUUACGGGAAGAAGACGCAGAUGUCCAUCCUUGAGCAGAGGGAGAGUCUGCCCAUCUACAAGCUGAAGGAGCAGCUGGUGCAGGCGGUUCAUGACAACCAGAUCCUAAUUGUCAUUGGUGAAACCGGUUCAGGAAAGACCACCCAGAUCACACAGUAUUUGGCUGAAGCCGGUUACACCACGAGGGGCAAAAUCGGAUGCACUCAGCCCAGAAGAGUGGCCGCGAUGUCUGUCGCUAAGCGCGUGUCCGAGGAAUACGGUUGCUGCUUGGGCCAGGAGGUUGGAUAUACCAUUCGAUUUGAAGACUGCACAAGUCCAGAGACUGUCAUCAAAUACAUGACAGACGGUAUGUUACUUAGAGAGUGUCUGAUAGACCCGGACCUGACUCAGUACGCCAUCAUCAUGCUUGACGAGGCCCACGAGAGGACCAUCCACACCGAUGUGCUAUUCGGGCUUCUGAAGAAGACGGUACAAAAACGCGCUGACAUGAAACUGAUUGUGACAUCUGCUACUUUGGAUGCCGUGAAGUUCUCUCAGUAUUUCUACGAGGCUCCGAUCUUCACCAUUCCCGGUCGAACCUACCCGGUAGAGAUUCUUUAUACUAAGGAGCCUGAGACCGAUUACCUGGAUGCCAGUCUGAUCACCGUCAUGCAGAUACAUCUGACAGAACCUCCAGGUGACAUUCUGGUUUUCCUUACCGGUCAAGAGGAAAUUGACACGGCCUGUGAAAUCCUGUACGAACGAAUGAAGUCCCUGGGGCCUGAUGUGCCGGAGCUGAUCAUACUGCCGGUGUAUUCUGCAUUACCCAGUGAAAUGCAGACGAGGAUUUUUGACCCAGCUCCUCCGGGGAGCAGAAAGGUUGUUAUUGCCACAAACAUUGCGGAGACCUCCCUGACCAUUGACGGGAUCUACUACGUGGUGGACCCCGGAUUUGUAAAGCAGAAAGUUUACAACUCGAAAACUGGAAUUGAUCAACUUGUAGUGACCCCCAUCUCACAGGCCCAAGCCAAGCAGCGAGCGGGCAGAGCUGGGAGGACGGGUCCCGGGAAGUGUUACCGCCUUUACACCGAACGCGCGUAUCGUGAUGAGAUGUUGACCACCAAUGUGCCUGAGAUCCAGAGAACCAACUUGGCCAGCACCGUCUUGUCACUCAAGGCGAUGGGUAUCAAUGAUCUGCUGUCUUUCGAUUUCAUGGAUGCCCCCCCUAUGGAGACCCUCAUCACAGCCAUGGAGCAGUUGUACACCCUUGGUGCGCUGGAUGAUGAAGGUUUGCUGACCCGCUUGGGGAGGAGGAUGGCGGAGUUCCCCCUGGAGCCUAUGCUGUGUAAGAUGCUGAUCAUGUCUGUACAUCUCGGCUGCAGUGAGGAGAUGCUGACCAUUGUAUCUAUGCUGUCUGUGCAAAAUGUCUUCUACAGACCAAAGGAUAAACAAGCCCUCGCCGACCAGAAAAAGGCCAAGUUCCACCAGACAGAAGGAGACCACCUCACCCUGCUGGCGGUGUACAACUCCUGGAAGAACAACAAGUUCUCCAACCCCUGGUGCUACGAGAACUUUAUCCAGGCUCGCUCUUUGCGGCGCGCCCAAGAUAUCCGCAAACAGAUGUUAGGCAUUAUGGACAGACACAAACUGGACGUCGUGUCCUGUGGAAAAGCCACAGUGAGGGUACAGAAAGCCAUAUGCAGCGGCUUCUUCCGGAACGCCGCCAAGAAGGAUCCCCAGGAAGGGUACCGGACCCUAAUAGACCAACAAGUGGUCUAUAUACACCCGUCUAGCGCCCUGUUCAACAGGCAGCCCGAAUGGGUCGUGUACCAUGAAUUAGUCUUAACCACCAAGGAGUACAUGCGGGAGGUGACCACCAUAGACCCCCGCUGGCUGGUAGAAUUUGCUCCCGCCUUCUUCAAGGUCUCCGAUCCAACCAAGCUGAGCAAGCAGAAGAAGCAGCAGCGCCUGGAGCCGCUUUACAACCGCUACGAGGAGCCCAACGCCUGGAGGAUCUCCCGGGCCUUCAGACGACGCUGAUUCCGCUGCAAGGACUAAAAAGAAAAAGACGAAACUUCCCCGGAGACUUUCAGAAGACUCUGCAGGUUACGGCCACACGACGGACUUUAUCUCAGACCCUGUUAGGACAUUGGAGGCUCCAUUUUAUUUUAUUUUUAUUAUUAUUAUUUUUUUUUUUUGUAAAGAUUUCCAAGUGUUUCGCCUUGUA